AUGACCGCCUCCGCAACGCCUGCCGCGCCUGCCGUCGUCCUGGGAACGGCCUCCUUUGGCACGGGCACCCCGCAGGCCAAAUUCAACUCUCGCGAGACAGCUGGGCCCCUGCUUGAUGUGUGCCAGCAGCGCGGCGUGCACCUGCUCGACUCUGCGCGCGCGUAUCCAGUAGGCAACCCUGGGUCCGCAGAGAAGCUGCUGGGCGAACUGGGCGCCGGCUCGUGGGCGACCAUCUCGACCAAAGUCACGUCGUGGGCGCCUGGCUCGCAUUCAGCGGCGAAGAUCGCCGAGUCGGUGCCGCUGAGCCUCGAUGCCUUGGGCGUCGACAGCGUUGACAUUAUGUACCUGCAUUCGCCGGACCGGACCACGCCGUGGGCCGUCACCGCCGAGGCCAUGGACGAGCAGUUCCGCCUCGGCCGCUUCAAGCGGUUCGGCCUGAGCAAUUACACCGCCGAGGAGGUCGAGGCCAUCUGUCAGGUGUGCGAGGAGAAUGGCUGGAACAGACCGAGCGUGUACCAGGGGCGGUACAACGCCAUCAUCCGCAGCGGCGAGGAGCAGCUGUGGCCGACGCUGCGCAAGUGGGGGAUGUCGUUCUACGCCUACAGCCCCUCCGCCGCAGGCAUGUUCACCGGGAACAUCAACUCCUCGAGCGUCAACGUCGCGGGCUCGCGCUGGGACAAAACCACCCGACUAGGCCAAGCCUACGAGAGCGCCUACCUCAAGCCCUCCUUAAUCGAAGCCGCGGCCCGCGUCGCCGACAUGGCGAAAGCGGCCGGCAUCGGCGGCCACGACGUCGCUCUGCGGUGGGUCAUGUACCACAGUAUCCUUGACGGGCGGCGCGGUGAUGCUGUUAUCCUCGGGUGCUCGAGCGUGCGGCAAAUGUCGGCGAAUCUGGAUGCGAUUGCGGCGGGGCCGUUGAGCGGAGAGCUAGUGGAGGUGAUCAAUGGGGUGUGGGACGUCGUUCGGGAGGAUGCUGCGAGUUAUCAUUUGUAAAAGUAGACGGGAUCCAUUUAGAUAGCAAAUAGAUACUGGGGGAGUAAAGAGACUUGCGAAAUUUCCUGUGGGUUAUGAGUGCGUGAGGUGUCUGGUGCUUGUACGCCGUUGACAGGCUAAACCACGAUGCUUCUUUUACUCUUAUAGAAAGAGCGCAUUAUCCCCGGCAUAUUCCCCGUCUCGGUCCCGCGUUCUCCGUCUCCGUCUCCGCCUCUGUUCCCGCUCCGUCCAUUUCCCCC